AUGUCUUCCUCCAACACCUCAAGCUCAAGCUCAAGCUCACCAGCUCGCCAGCAAAAGCCCUACCCGCUGGUCAAGCUCCCCCACCCCUUCCUGACCGUCUACCGCGUGCAACCCGUCGCCGGCAAGACCACCACGCCCGCCACUCUCGCCCUCGUCCACGAGCAGCAACCUGCCAACGGCCGCGCGCCCCCGCAACCCCUCCACCAUGCCGCCCUCACCUUCCGCGACCUCGCCUUCCCGCCUGCCGCCGCCUGCCCGCCACUGAACAACAACAGCGCGUGGGCACGCGCACGCCGCGCCGCGCAAACCACCCUCGCCUGGACGGGCAGCGCCGCGCCCUCACUCGGUGCCGUCUGGAACGUCGCACACGCCCUCUUCCUCGCAUACCCCGAACGCGAAUCUCUGCGCCUGACACUGCAGGGCGCCAACAGCGGCGUCAUACGGCAGGAGCUGAUCGCGACGGGUCUCUGCGUCGCGCACCCCGCGCCCUGGCGGCCGGGCGACGACCUCUCGGCCACAUACCCGGACGAGCUGCUGCUCCUGCGCGCCGCGUUCUGGCAGGGCGCCGCGUCCCCCGCCGGGCCGCGUCCGAUCUGGGUGACCGGCACCGGGACCGACGGGGCGCUGCGGACGCCGCUGGCGCAGGUGCCGCCCAUGCCCGAGCUGUGGACGCACACGAUGAAGUUCCCCGCCGAGCCCGUGUACGCAAAGCACCCGGUGCGGCGGCCCAAGCCCGCGGUGCGCUCAAUCGUCUAUAGUCGGUAUAUUCCCGAGGUGGAGGAGCACUUCAGCCUCGAGGUGGUGGACUGGCAGAGCGAGGACCACGUGCGCCUGUUCAACACGUGGCAGAACGACCCGCGCGUGGCCAAGGGCUGGAACGAGACGGGCACGAUGGACCAGCACCGCGAGUACCUGCGGCGGCUGCACGAGGACCCGCAUGUGCUGUGCCUGUUUGGGCGGUUCGACGACGAGCGCUUCUCGUACUAUGAGAUCUACUGGGCAAAGGAGGACCACUACGGCGCGCACUACGCCGCCGGCGACUACGACCGCGGCCGGCACUCGCUGGUGGGCAACGCGUCCUACCGGGGCGCGCACCGCGUGGCGGCGUGGUACAGCAGCUGCAUCCACUACUGCUUCCUGGACGACGCGCGCACGCAGGCGGCGGUGGGCGAGCCGCGCGCGACGGGCAGCACGAUCCUGAGCUACGAGAACGCGCAGGGCUUGACGAUUGGCUCGUUUGUGGACUUGGGCCAUAAGCGGAGUGUGCAUAGUGUUGUGAGCCGCGAGAAGUGGUUCCAGCUUUGUCCUCUUUGGUGGGAUGGCAGGGAGAAGCCGGGCGAGAGCGCGGAUCGGGCUGCUUGGCAGGCGAAGCUGUAGGCUGGUGUUUGUGGGUGUGUGUGUGUGUGUUGAUAGAAAGUUAGAUUCUUAGCGGGGGUAUGUAGACUUGAUACACAUCUCUUUUUCUU